AUGACGCUGCAACUCGAUGGCGUCACCAAGCUGGUGAACGGUCAGGUUCACAUCCACGAAACGGACCUGACGCUGGAAAAAGGCACGAUGAACGUGCUGCUCGGGCCGACGCUUUCGGGCAAGACCUCGCUGAUGCGGCUGAUGGCCGGCCUCGACCGCCCCGCCGCCGGGCGUGUCCUCUGGCAGGGCGACGAUGUUACAGGCGUGCCCGUCCAGCGGCGCGGCGUCGCCAUGGUCUACCAGCAGUUCAUCAACUAUCCGGCGAUGACGGUCUACGACAACAUCGCUUCGCCCAUGCGGCUAUUGGGCAAGACCAAAGCGGAAAUCGACGCCGCAGUGCACAAGGCGGCAGACCUGAUGAAGCUGACGCCGAUGCUUCAGCGCAAGCCGCUCGAACUGUCGGGCGGCCAGCAGCAGCGCUGCGCGCUCGCCCGCGCGUUGGUGAAGGAUGCGGGCCUUGUGCUUCUCGACGAGCCGCUCGCCAAUCUGGACUACAAGCUGCGCGAGGAACUGCGCGUUGAGAUCCCGAAGAUAUUCGAGGAGUCCGGCGCGAUCUUCGUCUAUGCGACGACCGAACCGGAAGAAGCGCUGCUGCUGGGCGGCAGCACGGCGACACUGUGGGAGGGCCGCAUCACCCAGUUCGGCCCGACGCCCGAGGUCUACCGCAAUCCGCAGGACGCGACCACCGCGCGCGUUUUCUCCGAUCCGCCGAUGAACUUCCUGCGCAUUUCCAAGGCCGGGCCGAAGCUUCUGUUCGGCGACGGCCAGUCCUGCCCGGCAACGGGCCGGCUGGGUGAACUGGACGAUGGCCGCUAUCUGGCGGGCUUCCGGCCCAACCAUCUCGAACUCGACCAGCACGUGCCCGACGCGCUCGAAUUCAACUGCAAUCUGGCCGUCACCGAGAUCACCGGCUCGGAGACCUUUGUGCAUCUCGACCAUCAUGGAGAGCGCUGGGUCGGUGUCAUUCACGGCGUGCGCGACCUGACGAUCGGCGAUCCGCUGACGGUCCAUCUCGACCCGGCCCAUGUCUACAUCUUCGCCGAUGACGGCGCGCUUGUCGCUCCGGCGGCCUAUGCGCAGGCGGCGUGA